UCGCGGUCAGUAAAUACUCAAGAUCGAACAGAGAGAAGGAAAAAAAGGAUAGAGAGAGAAGGAAAAUAGAGAGAGGAGAGGAGGGAUAGGAAGAAAAGAAAAAAAAGAAAAAGAAAAAGAAGAAGAAGAAAGAGAAAGAGAGGGGAUAGAAGAGUGACCAGAGAGAGGACAAUAGGAGAUUGAGGAGAAAAAAAAGGGGACAGAGAGUGUGGAUGAUCCGUGCCAGCCGCAUUCACUCCUCUGGUCCCGGAUUGUAACCGCAUCCAAGAGCUGCAUCGACCGAUAAAACCAUGAAAGACUUGGCCUCUUAUGAACACAACAAUGAAGCCCACAAACUAUUGAAACAAAUAAAUCAAUACUUGGAGCAAGAAUCCAAAUUUCUACCAAAGGCCAGUGGACUCCUUGCAAUUGAAGCCUCUUUGGAGAGUGAUGAUUGUAUCUCUCCAAAGUUAAGAGAUGCCAAAGUGGAAGAUCUCCGGAGUUUGACCAGAUUCUUCGGCUGCAGUACUGAAACUUUUGUUUUAGCAGUUAACCUACUGGAUAGAUUUUUGUCAUUGAUGAAGGUGCGACCAAAACAUCUGCCUUGCCUUGGAUUAAGUGUCUUCCAUCUAGCAGCUAAGACCAUUGAGGAAGAAUGUAAUAUCCCUUCUGCCCAUGACCUCCUCCGAAUCAGCCACUGCAAGUUUACGGUGUCUGACCUCAAGCGGAUGGAAAAGAUUGUCUAUGAGAAACUGAAUGGGGAAUUUAAGGCUGUCACUGCCUUGCACUUUUUACAUUUGUAUCAUGCCCUGGCACACUGCCAUGUAACCAGUGGGAAAGAAUUUCUGAUUCUUGAUCGGCUGGAAGCACAGCUGAAAGCCUGCAGCUGCCGAUUUGUCUUUUCCAGAGCUAAACCAUCUGUAUUGGCCUUGUCCCUUCUGACCCUUGAAGUUGAAAACUUGAAAUCCAGUGACUUGUUUGAAAUUAUACUGCGUGUUCAAAAACAUUCCAAAAUUAGCCAUUAUGACUUGGCAUACUGGCGUGAAUUGGUGUCCAAAUGCCUGGCUGACUACUCUUCACCUGAAUGCUGCAAACCUGAUAACAAGAAGCUUGUGUGGAUCGUUUCAAGACGUACGGCCCGUCAUUUACAGAACAGUUAUUAUAGUGUUCCUGAAUUGCCAACUAUCCCAGAAACUGGCUGCUUCAGUGAAACUGAAAGUGAGGAUUCAUGUGAAGAAAUGAGUUGUGGUGAAGAUGGUCUGAGCAGCUGUCCACAGAGUCUCUCAGUUGGUGAAUUCUUCUCUCGUGAUCUCUUGCACCAGUCGAAGUGGCAAAAUUUCUGUUUUCACACUCAGUCUCCAAACGUAUUAUAGAUCUGUGACUCAUCUUUGCACAUGUUCUUGUUGUUCACUUGGCUCGGAUUUGAGUUUUUUUUUUAAGUGAAGUCUUUUUUUUAAAUCAGUUUAUAAGCUAAGUAGGGAUUGAAUUGCAACAAAGCUUCUAAAGUUCCAUUUGUAGAUUACCUACAUCAGUCCAGAGGUCUUGCAGCCUCAUCCCCUCAUACUUAUUAUUUGGCAUUAUUCUCCCUAGUAACUUUUUAUAUUGUGCUAAUGAAAAGUUGCUCUGUCUUCAGCUCAGUGAGGUGAUGCCAGAUAAUAAUCACUCACUGUUGAUGUAAAGCUAUGACUGUGUCCAAUCUUCUACUUGUUGGAUGUAGUUCUAUUAGCAUGGAAUUUUAUUUGCAAAAUGUGGUAAAAUAAAUAUCACAGCAUUAUUUUAAGCUUUAUUUUAGAAUAUCUAAAUACAGAUUUUCAUAUGAUUCAAAAACUAAAAGCACUGACUUAAAUUCCUUCAAUACAUUCAUGCACAGCUUGACUAGAUAACCUACAGGGCUGUUCUGACUUUACUAUUAUCUGAUUUAUAAAAAUCGUAUGGUUGAGAGAUACUCUGUAAAAUGCAGCAAUUAUGGUAAAGCUAGUCAAGUGUCCUGCAAGCUAACUAAAAAUUCUACUUGUGACUAUGCGUUUCAAAGUAGAACAUUGCAUGCUAUCCAUAUCCAUUGACAGACAUGAAAAAUAAAUUGUGUGUUGUGCAUGCUAAAGGAGCACAGGUAUUUGGAUCUGCUGGAUGGAAGUGCAGCAUCAAUAAAUUGAUAACUUACAAACUCUGAUAAGCUAAGGCAAAUCUGAAAGGAGUAUUACAAAUAUUUGAUCAUAUAACUCUUUAAAAUGAUUACAGUUAACCAUGUCUUUUUAUCAAAAAUCGUAAGUAUUUCAAGACUGACUUCAAACUGUACCUGGGAAUUAAAUCCUUUACUAGUCGUGUAUUGGUUGUAAAAUGUCAAAUUAGAAUGUUAGUGAGUGGGUGAAGUUGUGUGAACUAAGAAAUUGAAUGUUAUUAUUGGACAUUUUCUAUUCUUUUCACUUUAAAUUGCUAACCCAUAUCUACUAUAAUGGGAUGGUAUAGUUUUUUUUAAAAAGGGACAAAAACUCAUUUUUACCUCUUAAAAUCUUUUGAGUUAUCAAAUCAUUUUAAGUUAGAAUGUUAUGGGAUAGUUUUAUGUUGUUGCUUUGCAGAUUCCAUUUUAUAGAACCAAUUAUUUUGAGUGAAGUAACAUUAAAUUUAAGAGUACACUGUAAACGUUAAGAACUGGAAUUCUCCUACAGUGUUGUCGGUUAUUUUUUUCUGAUGGUAAAUUAAACUCCUCACCAAUUGUACCUCCUGCACAUCAAAGCUUGCUCUCUGCAUCUGUCACUAACACAUGGUUUGUGAAAAGUGCAGAUGUGGUAGGUAGAAUGCCAAUAACAACUUUUCAUGCUUGUCACUCCAGCUGCUUGGAGAAUGGUUGGGUUAGGCAUAUAUUUUGUUUAUAUUAAAAUACAAGUUUUAUUUAAAAAGGACAAAAGUGCCAACUGGAGGAAGUGUACUUUUUUAAAUUGUAAAUAUUUACAGCUAUUUGAGAUGGUACUUUGUUAAAACUGUUGUACUUUUUUUUAGAAAGUAACAAUUACCUCAAACUGAGCCUUUGGUAUAGUAACUUUGGUUUUUGUACAACAUAUUGGCCAUUUCAUGUGCCAACCAGAUAUUUUUGAGAAUUUUACUUUGUUGUUACAAUGUACUAUUGAUUUGAUUGAUCAAUGAACAUGCUUCUGGCUUUUUUGUUUUGGAUAUGAAGUAAGAGUUGUUGCACAUAACCUCUCUGUGCAGCAGUGAUGUAUGGAAGAGAAAUCCUAGUUUACAAACCAAUGUACAUAAUAAUGUAACUUAAAUGUAUAAGAAAGAAGUGCACUUAUAUUUUCCCCUUAUUCAGGUAUGAAAGCAACCAAUGCACUUAUGAAAAGUGUUGUAUGUAGCACUGUCUGGUUCUUUAGCAUUGUGUACAAAUUCCCUGUAGAUAUUAACUUAUUGUAUCUUUCCAAUUUAUAUAUAUUGUAAAAAUAUAUCAACCUGAAACUUCUACCAACAAAGGAUGAGUAAAUAAAGACUCUCUUGAAAUCUG